CAUGGCCGGGCGCUGAGCGGCGCCUGCCGCCCCGGCUCGGCUCGGCUCUGUCCCGCCGAGGGGCUCGGCGCCCAGCCGCCCGCUCUCCUCGCCAAUGGUCCAGAGAGACAUGUCCAAAUCGCCUCCCAGCCCGGCGCAGGAGGUGCAGAUGGAGCUACUGGACAACCCCCUGCCCGCGGCGGCGGCAGCGCAGUCUUAUGGUAAAGGGGCAAGAAGGAAAAACCGAUUUAAAGGAUCAGAUGGGAGUACAUCUUCUGACACUACCUCUAACAGUUUUGUACGCCAGGGUUCGGCGGACUCCUACACCAGCCGUCCAUCUGAUUCAGAUGUAUCUCUGGAAGAAGAUAGGGAAGCAGUGCGGAGAGAGGCAGAGCGACAGGCCCAGGCACAGCUUGAGAAAGCAAAGUCAAAACCUGUUGCAUUUGCAGUUCGGACAAAUGUUGGGUACAGUGCAGCUCAUGAUGACGAUGUUCCAGUCCCAGGCAUGGCCAUCUCAUUUGAGGCUAAAGAUUUUCUUCAUGUUAAAGAAAAAUUUAAUAAUGACUGGUGGAUAGGACGAUUGGUAAAAGAAGGCUGUGAAAUAGGAUUCAUACCAAGUCCAGUCAAACUAGAAAACAUGAGGCUGCAGCAUGAACAAAAGGCAAAACAAGGAAAAUUCUACUCCAGUAAAUCAGGAGGAAACUCUUCAUCCAGUUUGGGUGACAUCGUUCCUAGUUCCAGAAAAUCGACGCCUCCAUCAUCUGCUAUAGACAUAGAUGCCACUGGCUUAGAUGCAGAAGAAAAUGAUAUUCCAGCAAACCAUCGCUCCCCCAAACCCAGUGCAAACAGUGUAACAUCACCCCACUCCAAAGAGAAAAGAAUGCCCUUCUUUAAGAAGACAGAGCACAUCCCUCCCUAUGAUGUAGUGCCUUCUAUGCGACCAGUAGUUUUAGUGGGGCCUUCUCUGAAGGGAUAUGAGGUAACAGAUAUGAUGCAAAAAGCAUUAUUUGAUUUUUUAAAACAUAGAUUCGAAGGGCGUAUAUCAAUUACACGAGUCACAGCAGACAUCUCGCUUGCCAAACGCUCAGUGUUAAACAAUCCCAGUAAACACGCGAUAAUAGAGCGAUCCAACACGAGAUCAAGCUUAGAUGUUUUAGCUGAAGUUCAAAGUGAAAUUGAACGGAUUUUUGAAUUAGCAAGGACACUGCAGUUAGUAGUGCUUGAUGCUGAUACCAUUAACCACCCAGCUCAACUAAGCAAAACCUCUCUGGCUCCCAUUAUAGUAUACGUAAAGAUUUCUUCUCCUAAAGUUUUACAGAGGUUGAUAAAAUCUCGAGGGAAAUCUCAGGCCAAACACCUUAAUGUUCAGAUGGUGGCAGCUGAUAAACUGGCACAGUGUCCUCCUGAAAUGUUCGAUGUAAUUCUUGAUGAGAACCAGCUUGAAGAUGCUUGUGAGCACCUUGCUGACUAUCUGGAAGCCUACUGGAAGGCUACACAUCCACCUAGCAGCAAUCCUCCUAACCAGCUUCUCACUCGCACACUUGCAACAGCCACUCUUCCUAUUAGCCCAGGUCCAAAUAUUAAUUUACAGCAGGGAUCUCAAGGAGACCAGAGGAAUGACCAUUCGGUCCCUGAACGCAGUGGUUCACAAAUUGAAGAGGAAGCACGAGUUGAACCCAUCAAGAAAUCCCAGCACCGCUCUUCCUCAAGCCAACACCACAACCAUCGCAGUGGUGGUAGAGGCCUUCACAGGCAAGAAACUUUUGACUCAGAAACACAAGACAGCAGAGAUUCAGCUUAUGUAGAGCCAAAGGAGGACUACUCACAUGACCACGGUGACCACUAUGAUUCUCACAGGGAUCAUAAUCACAGAGACGAGUCCCAUGGGAGCAGUGAUCACAGACACAGAGAAUCAAGGCAUCGCUCAAAGGAGAGGGACCGCGAGCAGGACCACAAUGAAUGCAACAAACAGCGUAGUCGUCAUAAAUCAAGGGACCAAUAUUGUGACAAGGAUGGGGAAGUGAUAUCGAAAAAACGUAAUGAUGCGGGAGAAUGGAACAGGGAUGUUUACAUCCGUCAGUAACUUUUGCCUCUGGCAGUCUUGUGUUUCUUUGAAGUCUUGUAACAAUGGCCCUUGAAAAUAUCUUUGGGUUCUUCAUUGCAGAACACAUGGUAUCCUUCUGUAUGCUGAUUUGUAUUGCUGUUGCUUGCAUAGCAAUAGCAUGAAAUAGAAUAUUCAUAUACUUAUUUUUUUGGUUAGUGCUAUAUGAAUUAGUGUGGUACAACUGAAGAGUUCCUGAUGUUGUACUAUGACAUUUUUCAAGCUGUUUUUGGUAGCUGCCACUUGAACAAUAUCUGUUGCCAUCAAGGUGUUGUUAGUGUUUUUUAAAAAAAAGGUACAUUUGAUGUUUAAUAACUUCCCGUGUAUUCAGCAAGCCAAGAUCAGCACAUAAAAGAAUCUAAAACUUUUUGUCUGCUCUGAUUUUUAAUUUGUAUGCACUUGAUUUGCAUAUUGAUUUAAGCACCACUCUGUCGCUUGUACCUCUGGUGGUCUCCAUAUGAAGACAGAAUUGUCUUGCCUUACACACAGGGGAUCAUGGAGUCAAAAUCUAUUUUCUAUGUACUGGUACUGUGUACUGUAUAUACAGUUUAUAAAUGUUAUUUCUGCAGACACCUUCUUACUAUAUGAGUUUGAUCACACUGUUUUAGAGUCCUAAUGCCAAGUCAACAGAUUUGCUUUUGAAUUACUGGCAACUGGAACUAGCCUCACUUAGGAAAUCUGUAACAGUGUUCAAUCUAAAUACUUCUUCUUCUGUAGCAGAAAGCUUAUACUUAUUGUAAAUAUGGAUGAGUGCUUGAGAUAAAGGGUGUAACUCUUUUACUUUAUGCUGUCCUUGCAAACCCAAUUUUGCAUUUCAAGGUUAUGGUAAAGAUAAUGACUUACCACUAUAAAUUAUUCUUCUCUGUUCAGGUCACAAGAUUGCAAUGGGCACAGCUUAAUUUUUGUUCUGUUGUCAGUAUACUAGAGCACACAUGUUGGAGGUGUGUAUGUGAGUGGUGGGCGGUGGAUGGGCGUACGUGUGCGUGUGCACAUUAGGCAGUGAAGUGUGAGAAUCUACUGAAGAAAACAAAGGUUACUCAACAGCCCAAAAAGUCUGUUUCUUCAUUCUGUCUGUUAAUUUAAAAAUCCAAAUUGUAGUCAGGGAAUAUGAGGGAGUUUACUGACCCAAGUAACUGGGAAAGUAGAAAUCUGCUGGCUCUUUGUUGAGACUUCGGGAGAGCAAAAACAGGCAAAUGUUACUGUGAGUUUCACUGGAAAUGUAAAAUCUUUGUUCUAGAGUAUUUGUUUUAGCAAGAAAAGUUUACACAGCUUGUGGAGAGAUAUUUUGUUGGAAAAUAAAUUUUUGUAGCUUCUCCACUUUUUCUACACUUGCCAAUUCCUCUGCAUUCCCACUCUGCAGCCAGCUCACUGCUUUUCCUUCACCUAAGAUGUUGUGCUGCUGGUGAGAGUAUAGAAAAAUGACUGUGACAAAAUGCUUUGUUAGGAGCUUUCUAGAGAAAAUGCAUUGAAAUCAAAGGGAGUGAACAGUUUGUUUUGCAUUGAACACCUGUUGCACUGGUAAGUGGGGGCAAAUUCACUAUUAUUUUUGACUCCAGGUUCCAUACCCUUGCCUAGUGUAAAAGCUGUUCUGCAUCACAUAUAGUCUUUGUAGUACUUGUAUGAAUGAAAUACUUUUUGUAUUUCCCUGUAAAUAGCACGUUAUAUAAAGACUGUAGUGCGAUAAUAAUUAAAUUAGCUGGAAGUUCUUUUUAUUUAUUAUUUAAAUUCUGGGAAUAUCAGCAUUGCCUGAUUUUGAAUAUCAUUUUAGUGAAAUGGAUAAGAUAUAUGGCAGGUGCAUGUUUUCUCCAAUCUCCUAUCUCAGCGUCCAAGUAAUUCAGUUUAACUCCACUAAACAUACUCUGUCCUUCCUCUCCCUCUCCCACCCCUCUCCCUGAUGCUUUAUAAGCAUUUUUUACAAGAACCUGAGAGUAAGAAAUUCUGCUGUCAGACAUCUGGCCAUUCCUCCCAGUGCUGCUGACUCUUGUGGUUAUUCAAGGGUAGGUUUUGGCUCAAAGCAUGAACUAUGGGGAACACAAGAAAAAGGGUUAUUUUUCUAGAAAUAAAAUUCUCGUCAUUUUUCUAAACAUCACUAUAUGACUUUGUAGACAAAGGAAGAAUAGGUAAGUAGAUCUGUUGUAUUAGUAAAUGGAUAUAUAAGAGUACAUAAACAGUGGCUUUUGAUACAAGAGAAUUUUCAGGGUAUCUGUGAAAAAUAACAUUGCAAGACUUUGUUGUUUGAAUCAUAUCAGAUCGUGUGUAAGUGGGAAGAGAAGUUAUAUUGUCUUGCUCUAUAUUGCCUGGCUUUAGCUAAUUUACCAGCUUCAGUAAAUGCUGUUGCUCCCUACAACUCAUGAUGGCUAUGUCCUCUAAGAAGUGAUUCCACUUCAAUACAUUGAAUAUUUUGUUCUUUUUCUGUUGGGUUUUUGGUUUGGUUUUGGGUUUUUUUGUGGUUUUCUUUGUUUGUUUGUUUGUUUUUUCUUUUGCUCCAGAGAGUAUUUAUUUUUCACCUUUCUUGAAGUAUUUUUAAGGAAUAUUUGGCAGAAUUUCAAAGCACUGAGUAGUAUAUGAAAACUAUGGAGUAGGUAGCCAUGUAUAGACAUAAGAAAAUAAAGAGCAUAGUCCAAACACUAGUAUAUAAGUAUGGCCUAUAAAUUGAUUUAUGGAGUAUAAACAUCUUAUCACAAAAAAGGACAAGUCCCAAUCCAGCUAGUCAUAGAAACAUGUUUUGUAUAGUGCUGCUGAUUAUGUACAGACAACGUACUAACAAAAACGCAUAUUUCUUAGACAGACUCACUGAAUAGGUUUUUAUUAGCCUUGCUAAGAUACUUUCCUUCAGUUACUGUUUUAAGAGUGAGAAAUCAUUUGUAAUGUGAGCUUGUACUACAUAUAUUGCACAAUACCACCUGCCUGCUGAGCACUACUUUGAAAAGCACUUUAACAGAGUUAUGUCAAUAAGAAGCUUUAAAUAUACUCCAGCUGGAGAACAUAUCAAAGGUUAUUGUGAUAAAAUGUCUUUGCAAAGUUUUGCCAAUAGAAAGUUAAAUAUUAUUGUUUUCAUUAGGAUACUAAUGGGUUUGUAUUUCUAUAUCUGGUUUCAGGGGUUUGAAUCUGAGAAAUGGUAGAGGUCCCAGUGAGCUCCAGUCUUCUUAUGUAUGUGUGGUACGAAACAACCUGUAAAAUUUCUAUUCAAAUGAGCUAAAAUACAAUAAAAUCAGUGGAAAAAAAAAGAAAGGAGAGGAAGAUAAAAUAGUUAAGUGAUAUGUAAGUCUUGGCAGCUCUAACUCUGUAUUUUUCUAAAGAAUUUCAGUACAUGGAAGGAAUGCGAUGCAUUUCCAAAUUUGCAUAUAUAUAUGUUAGACGUGAAUCUUAUUUUUGUGUGGUUUUUUUCAAAUGAAUAUACAUCAGUGCUGAGUAGCCUGAGUCUAUUUUUACCAGUUGUUUAGUGUCACACAGACAUCAUGGAAGAAAGAAUUCUUGAGGAGGGACUGGAAGGAGGUGACAGUAACAGUCUCCAGACCAGCUAAGGGACAGGACAGUGGGGAAGAAUAAGAAAAGAGUUUUGUGCACAGAGGCAGCAUCAGUAGGAGUUAAGAGCUGAAAGUAACUAUUUUUAUUAAAUCAAUCCAUAAAUUAUUGCCUAGAAUUUAAAGAAUUCUUCUAGAAUGCUCAUGAAUUCAUAUUCUGUGUCUGUCAUCCAGAAUUUGAAGAGAGUUCUGUAACUUUUGCUUCUCAAUGUAUAAAAUUAAGGCUUUGGACCUAUUUAAUGAAGAUCAGUUUUAAAGCCACAAAGAGUUUCAGUGGAGCAUUUCUCUUCACAGAAAUCUGUAAACUCUUAACCUAUACCCCUUAUUAUAAAUGGAGGAUAAGGAAACAGAAUUCCACUCACCAAACCCUGAAUAAAAGUAAAGACCCAUUCUUACUUCUCCCUGCAUACCUGGUUACUCAUCCUAUACAUGCAGUUCCUGCCCAGGUCUAAUACCCUGCCCCUUAAUACUUCUUGUCUUUUAUGAGUUUGUUAGUAAAUAUCAUUUUUAAGCUCUGUUGUAAAGUCAUGCUCAAGUUCUGUGACACCUGCAAAGGUUUUAAUGGGGUCCACUAUGAUUCCCUCAGCUGGAAUGAAGGGAGGGGUCUGACUGCUUUUAAUCAAUGUCUGUUCAAAGUAAAAAAGUUGGUGUAAACCACCUCCUGUGUUUGUUAGUUACUAAAGACUCUUCAAGAUUUAUUUUGGUUUGUGGUUGUGUUUGACCUCUGAUUGCUUUAACACAUCAGGCUGAAAGCUAUUUCCCAAAUGUUUUUGACUUAAAUUCUUCUCCAUCCAUGAAAAUCAAGCACAUUGCAAAAAACUUGAUUACACAGUCUAAAGGAAAAGAGAGAAAUUAUUUUUCAGAGUGUAAUAUAACAUUUCUGGUGUACAUUUACUUAUAUUUAUUACUUUAUUGCAGAUCUUUCACCAAAAUUUUAGUUCUUCUAUCAUCUGUAAAAUACGGAUGCCAUUUUUACUGUGAAUGUUUUUAAUCAAAUGUGAUUCAAUCAAAUUUAUUGCUUGGCAAUUUGUCUGUAAUUUAUUUCCCCACUUUUAUAUAACAAACUGUUACAUAUGAGCUUACAGUAGUUUUAUAGACAGUUUCUUUUUAUAACUUACCACCCUAGAAAUGUGUUCCUACGCAAACUCAAAAAAGAUUUAUAUCAGAUAUAAUAGAGAUUAAGCCAGUUCUUCUAACUCAUCCAUGUUCUCAUUUCUUAGUUUAUUCUUGCCACUUUUAUCUAUCAUGCUAUCAUGCAGUACAAAAUUGGAUUUGUUCAUAAACUUUUUAGUCAUGAACAAUCAAACAUAAAAAGAAGGUUCUUUAUAUUUUGAACUACCCACUCCAAAGUAAUUUCCUUUUUGAUCACCAUCACCAGCCUAUUUUUUACUAAAAUACUCCCUUUACCUUAAAACUUAAGAAAUCCUGUGAUCCAAAAAAUGGUGCAUUCCACAACACUGAAACAGGAAAAAGCUGUAUAAUAAUUUCAUAAUAUAUGAGGCUGCCUAUUUUAGUAUCUUUAUAUUGACCAAGAUGAAUAUUUAGAUUUGGCACUAUUACUAAUCACUCUUUCUGCAGAUAGAGAAAACUACUUUUCAGACUUUCUUACAGACAGGAUCUGAUUGCAUGUCUAAUCUAUUUUGUAGGAUUAAUCUUUCAUUACAAUGACAAGAAAAAUAUCUUUUUAAAUUUAUUAUAUAAAUAUCUCAUAUAGUAUAUAUAAGCACAUAUAUAUAUAUAUAUUCAGCUGUGCUUCAGCACCAAUCACUGAAGUAUAAUUAUUCAGUGUGUAAAGAUUCUUAUAGGAAACUAAUCCUAUUAUGUAUUUAAAACAUAUAUACACUAUACAUCAGAAAUGUGUCAAUGAGAAAGCAUUCCUACACUUCUAGUUAAAGUCACAGUAAGAUUGGAAAAGGAGAAAAAAAAAAAAAAAAAAGAAGGGCAUCCAUCGAACUUUAGUCAUCUAAAUUAGCCAAACCUGUAGUCAGGGAAAGGAUGAUGGCUCCUUCAAGGUAUGAUUUGGAGCAUCUCAACCGAGUUUCUGUUCUGAACUGCAUGACGAAUUCUCUCCCCAGCUACAACAAGGAAAGCGGCCUCGUGGAAAGAGCUGAGGCUUAUCCCUUUAAUAUGCUGAAUGCUGUUUUAAGUCUAGCAGUUGACUUUUGCAGAAACAAACCUAUUAGUUAAAGUUCAUCUAUCAGUAAUUUUUUUCAGCUGAAGUCUGGUCUGCAAUUACACCGGAAUCAAAUAGAAGUUAGCUACUUUUUCUUCCCGCUCUUCACCUCCAAGAAAUUUCUCAUAUAAAAUCAAGUGAGGUCACCUUCUUGAAAAGCGUGUUUAUCAUCCAAAACUAAAGAAAUCUGGGACAAAGUCUCAACAAAUCUUCCACUAAAAAUUCACCAAUCUUAAUUCCUUCAAAUUCUGCAUUGCACAAAUCCUGCUACUGAAACUGGAGGUAAAGUUCCUUACUUUAUAUAAAUAUACAAACUUCAGUAUAUAGUCUAUGUGUGCUGAUUAAUGUUUACAAAAUUUAUAUAUUCUGCAAAAAAGAAAAUGCUUUUUUACUAGCACCGAGUUAAAGAUUUCAACACAUACUAACAAUUUGUUACCAGGUAAUUAUUUUAACCAUACUUAGACUAAAAAGACUGUAAUUUAUAGUACAAGCUUCCAUGAUUCUACAUAGGAUAUCUCACCUACUACUGAUGAAACAAAAUUACUUUAAAUAUUCUAUAGAUAUGUUGUGUUUAAUGGCAAGGAGUGACCAACAAAAGCAGAGUAGUACACAAGAAUUCCAUCCUCCUAUCCUUCUAGGAUAGGACUUACAGAGGAUGUACUAGUCAACCUUGGCAGAACAGGAGACAUUUGUUUUUUAUUUUAGAAGAGUAGAAAACAUAUGGUACCAAAACAUUUAUAGAAGAUAUAAGUAAACAACCAGACUACUGAGAAGCAAAUCUAUAGAUUGUUUUGAUUGCAAGCAAAUACAAAUGCACUUCUGACAGUAGAAAGACAAAUGAUAAAAGAACUAUCACUCUUUUUAAUCCAACAAAUAGUUAUGUGUGAAAAGACAGACAUUUUUCAGAUAAUGUUUUUUAAAACUGGAAAUUGAUGAGAGAGAGGAAAGAAACAAACACACACAGAUGUCAGUUUACAUUUUUGAAUUGUACUUACCUUUCCUUCUAAUUUUAGUGCUAUUGUCAGUUCCAGCAGGUCUGAAAAAAGAGAAUCCUGUUCAAACUGGAACUGAAGCAGAAUUUUUAAAUACAGCUAACAUCUUUAAGAAAUUUAGGUUAUUAAAUCUUUGAGCAAUGUAUUAAGGCAGUUCUCAUUAGCAUGCUUCUCCAUUUUCAAUUUUCACAUGAUUUUAGCUGGUGAUGCUUUCUAACCAAUAAAGAGUUAAUAUUCUUAGUUCUUUGAAAGGUGAUUUGCAACAUUUCAGAUGGUAUUAUGCAUUGUUUUCUGUCUUUUAAUAUAUUAAUCAUAACUGUAGCCCCUUCUGUUGCAAAUGUUUGAUUUUAAAAUUGUCACUUGUCAGCCAGUCCAGUAGCCUAUUUCAGAACCAAUACAGUUUAUGCAUGGGAAGUUUGAUGUUGAAACAAUAUUUAUUUACAUUCCCAGAGUGAGAUGGUUUAAUAUAUUCAUGCUGCUAUAAAAGACAUGCUACAAAGCCUAAUCGUAUUUUGUGUAUAUACUAUGUGUACAGAGAAUCUUGCUUGUAUUAAAAUAAAAGAGAAAUGAGGUUCUAAGUA